UUCAUUUUUUUCUCAGUACCUGACCCGAUUAUGAUGAGGUGGCUUAUGAAAGUGUGAUGUUCACUUAUUUCUUGACAGGCCACAGUAAACACAGGCAUGCAGAAACCGUUUGGCAUGGAAGCCAGGGAGCUUGGGAGCUCCACACCCACCUACCAUCUCAUUCCUGAGGCCAGCCAGCCCAGCGUGGAAGAAGAUGUCAGUUUGCCACCCCAAAAAUCCCCAGAAACUAUGCAGCUGAAGAAGGAGAUCUCCCUGCUGAAUGGGGUCAGCCUGGUGGUGGGCAACAUGAUCGGCUCAGGGAUCUUUGUCUCACCCAAGGGUGUACUGGUGUACACUGCCUCCUAUGGAUUGUCGCUGGUUGUGUGGGCCAUUGGUGGGCUCUUCUCUGUUGUAGGUGCCCUUUGCUAUGCAGAGCUGGGGACCACCAUUACCAAGUCGGGGGCCAGCUAUGCUUAUAUUCUAGAGGCCUUUGGGGGCUUCAUUGCCUUCAUCCGCCUGUGGGCCUCACUGCUAAUCGUUGAGCCCACCAGUCAGGCCAUCAUCGCCAUCACCUUCGCCAAUUACAUCAUCCAGCCCUCUUUCCCCACCUGUGAUCCCCCGUACCUGGCCUGCCGUCUCCUCGCUGCUGCUUGCAUAUGUCUGCUGACAUUUGUGAACUGUGCCUAUGUCAAGUGGGGCACACGUGUGCAGGACACGUUCACUUACGCCAAGGUCCUAGCGCUCAUUGCCAUCAUUGUCAUGGGCCUUAUUAAACUGUGCCAGGGACACUCUGAGCACUUUCAGGACGCCUUUAAGGGUUCCUCCUGGGACGUGGGAAACCUCUCUCUUGCCCUCUACUCUGCCCUCUUCUCUUACUCAGGUUGGGACACCCUUAAUUUUGUAACAGAAGAAAUCAAAAACCCAGAAAGAAAUUUGCCCUUGGCCAUUGGGAUUUCUAUGCCAAUUGUGACGCUCAUCUACACCCUGACCAACGUGGCCUAUUAUACAGUGCUGAGCAUUUCAGAGGUCCUUAGCAGUGAUGCUGUGGCUGUGACAUUUGCUGACCAGACGUUUGGCAUGUUCAGCUGGACCAUUCCCAUUGCUGUUGCCCUUUCUUGCUUUGGUGGCCUCAACGCAUCUAUCUUUGCUUCAUCAAGGUUGUUCUUUGUGGGCUCCCGUGAGGGUCACCUCCCGGACCUUCUGUCCAUGAUCCAUGUUGAGCGUUUUACACCCAUCCCUGCUUUAUUGUUCAAUUGCACUAUGACACUCAUCUACCUCAUUGUGGAGGAUGUUUUCCUGCUCAUCAACUACUUCAGCUUCAGCUACUGGUUCUUUGUGGGCCUGUCUGUUGCUGGACAGCUCUACCUUCGCUGGAAGGAGCCCGAGCGACCCCAGCCUCUCAAGCUGAGCCUAUUUUUUCCCAUCGUGUUCUGCACAUGUUCCGUGUUUCUGGUGAUUGUGCCUCUCAUCAGUGACACCAUCAAUUCUCUCAUUGGCAUUGGGAUCGCCUUCUCCGGGGUCCCUGUCUACUUCAUGGGUGUUUACCUGCCAGAGUCCCGGAGGCCACUCUUUAUUCGGAAUGUCCUGACUGCUAUCACCAGAGUCACUCAGCAGCUUUGCUUUUGCGUCCUGACUGAGCUAGAUGUAGCUGAAGAGAGAAAGACUGAGAGGAAAACUGACUAGAGGCCACAGCUGACUUCCCCUGAGGCCUGGAAGGCUGGCCACAGCUACCAAAGUCCAAAUGACAAGACUAUGGGCCCAAACCUCCUGGAUUAAAGGAGCCUGUUGACCCACACUAUAUAAAGGGGUGCAGGGCCAAUGCUCAAUCUCAUUGGUAAGCUAUAGGAGGAGACUCAGAGUCUGGGGUCAGCCUGAAGAUGAGGACUUCAGGGGAUGGGGGGAGGUUGGGGAGCUGUGGAAGGUCCUUUAGUUUUGCUCCUGGAGGGUAAGUGCAGCCCUGAUAAACACUUCCUUGGUAAGUUGCAGUGGGGGCAGAGGGAGUGCUACGUUGAUAGCUAUGGAUGGUUGGUUUCUGAAUUGGAUAUUUGAGGUUGAACUAGGAGUCCCUACAGAGGGGCUGCUUUAUGGGAAGUUUUCCUCUGACCAGAUCCAGGCACCUGACUAUAGAGGCCUAAAAUGCUACCAUUUCUUCCUCUGGCUCAAAAUCCUUCCCUGGGGAAAGUAUUUCAUUAAUUAUUGACAUUUAAUCCAGAACACCAAUUCUAGCAAAGCAUUAGUGUUCAUUCUUCUAAAGGACACAAUAGGCUGAUUGGGUUUAAAAAUCAAAGUACCCCAAGUCAAGUCCCUCUGCCCUCAGAGGUUUGUGAUGGUGGGUCACAUACUCUGACCACAGAUUUUGUGCUUAGUUUAGUAUAAUCUUCUGUUGAGUCUUACCUGCAAAGGUAAACUUUACAGAUUUUUUUAUUCACAUACCUGGUACACUUCAGUAUAUAGAUAGGUCAUGUGCUACAAUUAUCUGGUUCAGGUCUAACAAGGACAAAUGAACAAAUUAAUGUCAGAGGUCUGGUGAUACUGCUAUUUUGAAGGAUAAUCCUUUAUUUUACUUGAGACCUUAGUUUUUAGUUGAUAGAAAGUAAAUCUCUGGACUUCUGAUGUGAACUUUAAGAGGGCUGAAACUUCUGAAUUCAGGUGGAUUACCUGAAUUCUUUCAGCUGUCAAUGGCUUGGAGAACAUCUCAUGGACCCAAGUCAUCAAAUAGCUUGUUCCUCUCUGUAUGGGCUGGUGUGAGGGACUGCUGUGCAGACCCAAGCAAGCCCACCUUGGUGCUAGAAGUGGUCUUUUCUGAAAACCUCACACCAGGCUGCAUCCUCCUCUUCUGUCCCUGGCACCAGGCUUUGUUUACACUCUGAGCUGCCUUGGUGUGGGUCAUUGGGAUAGUGAACUCCUCUCCAGCCGGCCUCUCCUUGCUCCUGAGGUCUGGUGGGGCUGCAGUCUCAGGAAGAGCUUGGUACUACUGGGACUUCUAUCUUCUCCCUGUGGAGAUCAGUGAUGACUCUGGGAGAAAAGCUGCUUCAACCUCAAUCUGGCUCCUCAGCAGACUGCAUGAAUGGAAACAAUUAAUUCUGGUGCUCAGGCUAGGCUUCAGGACCCAGGUCAGGCCAGAACAGCAGAUUUGGCCUAAUAGAUCUUCCUUCGUGGGCAGGAUGGCUGCAUUGGAUUGUACAACUAUUCUGUGAUGCCCCCAGACACUGUCAUCCUAAGCCCAGAAGAACCUGCUGGCUUGGUACACCCCAUGUCCUUAGGUUUUGGAAUUGGUUAAUGGUAAAGACAAGAACUGAGGCAAUCUCCCUUUCCAACCAUUCUUCUCUCCCAAACUGAAUUGGCCCCAAUCCCAGACAAGAGAUUAACCUUGGCCAUAUACUUGCUCAAUAAAGAUUUAAAGGGGAGCAUGAUUACAGUAGCCUUUGGUUCAGGGCAUGCAUCUGUGAGAACAUGGAGGGACAUUCAUACUGUCAUGGGUUGGGGAUUUGCAUAGCAAAUUCCUGCCUGACAACAGGGAGUCUUGUGCAAAGGCUGACUUGCCUAAACUAUAUAAACAUGAUUCCUGACUGAGCCAAGCUGGCAUCUGUUCUAGGGCUCCUCUGGAGCUAAUCCUUUAAGCAGAGCGUGUUUGUCUUGAUGAUCCCUGACCCUAGCUUUAGCUUUCUCCACCAAUAACCGGCUAGUCCCAGGAAUGUGCGGCCUCCCAGUAGCUUUUACAGGAAGCAAGGGCCUCACGCUCCAGGUGCCCUAGUACUGGCUUAGUGAGCCAUGUCAUCCUCUUCUCAUUACUGGAUGGUGACAGCAUUCUUCCCUUCUGUGCUGGAUACAGACUUCUCCCACGAACCCUUCUGUGGGAGGGAAGCCAGAGACUCCCUACAGCACUCCAGCUUCAUGACAGAAUUAAAUUCCACCAGGUCUUUGUUGUUUGUCUCCUUAAAUCCUUCUCCUGGUGUGCUAAUCCUUUCUGCAAUGGGUACAGUUUGUGAAGCUGUAAGUUCUUUAAUGUUGGCAAAACUUAAUGAGUACAUAUACAGCGGUGAGCACAUUAUAAUGGCACAGAUUGGUUUUUAAUCCUUCAUUUCUGUGCCUACGGAAGGAGACUAAGAUGACUAGUAUUAGAAAUGUAAGUUGCUGCAUGUUACUUGCAACACUGAAUUGAACCUUUGUGGAUACGUAAGAUGGGAAAACUAAAUUUGUUACUUUAAUUAGCUGUAAUAGUAGGGCCUGAGCACACUGAAUUUAAUCACUUUGGCAGGUUUAACAACUCCAUUUAGAUAGGAACUAAUGUAGGUAAAGGCUUAUAAAAUGGACAUAGAGUGAAAAAAUGGAUGGAGGUAGGAUGGAGAAGUAGAGACUCAUGAAAUUUUAAAUGAGGUGGGAAGAAUCUCCCUGUGUAAUUCACCUUAGCACAUGAUAUCACAGGCCAAGAGGUCACACCUUGAAUUAAAGGUUCUGUGUGUUGUUUACUUAGACCUGUGCUAUUUGCUACAAUAGCUAUUAGUCACAUGUAGCUAGUUAAAUUUAAAUGAAAUAAAAUUAAAAAUUCAGUUUCUCAGUUGCACCUAAUCACAUUUCAAGUGCUCAACAGCCAUAUGCAGCUAGUGGAUGCUACUGCACAGCGCAGGCAUACAACAUAUUUAUCAUUGCAGGAAGUUCUAUUGAAAAAUUUUACCCUAGAAGAGUAAACGCCAACUCAGAGUUAAGGCAGCAGGGGUUUGGAAAGGAGUAGGGACAGAGUUUACUUAAGAGAUAUAAGUUCUGGUAACAAAACUGGUCCUGUUGAUAGCAGUUUGGUUUUGGUGAGUGCUGUAAAUAGUAAACAUUUCUCAAUGGAAAGCCAACUUUGGGAUGUGCAUUCUUUUUCCUCACUUAAGUUCUUAGUGUCUAAGGUCAAUUCUGAAACUUCUGUCUCACUAACCCCCCUUUUUUGUGGGAGCAAGUACAGUGGGAAAACACCUAAGAUAUUCGGAUUUAAAAGGUUAUAUCCGCUUACCGGCCAGCCCAAAACAACAACAAAAAAACCAAGGUUUUAAAGGAGGUUUUACUUGCUUCCAUGUUCAAAGUUAGUUUUUAUUAAACACGGGGUAUCACAUUCAUAUCUAUUCUGUUCUUGGCACUGCUGCCAAAGGAAGACAGCAAUCUUUACAGUCAUUAUCAGAGUCUGGAAGUAGGGUGGCAGAGACAA